GAACCGCUCUGGGCAUCAUUGAGCAUGCGCCUCAUUUCAACGAGAAGAAACGAGUUCAGCCGAUUGUCAACGAUGUUGAACAUCCGGAUCAACAAACUCAACGGUGCCUUCGAAGAGCUAAUGCUAACUACUUGGCUUCAAAGAUAAAAAAUAUUUUUUCCAAGUGCACUCUUGGUUUCCGAAGAUUUGAUUUCAACACAUUUGCAGCGAUAUCGCGGACCACGCAGACCCCAAAUAAUGGACAGCGAUCUUUCCGACUCCGAGCCCAUGCCGGGGCCUGAGAGCGGUAUGGAUGGCGAGAAUUCACCGCUGUACUGUAUAUGUCGUAAACCAGACAUCAACUGUUUCAUGAUUGGCUGUGAUAACUGUAACGAGUGGUUCCAUGGCCACUGCAUCAAUGUGACUGAGAAGAUGGCCAAGGCAAUCAGGGAGUGGUACUGCAUGCGAUGCAGAGGUAAAAAUUCCUCUUUGGAGAUAAAAUACAGAACAAAGAAAUCAAAGGAGAGGGAUUCUGAGCCAGAUCGUGCUGAAAAGUAUUACAGCAACAGUAACCCAAGCACUCCAGAAUACAGGAGUGAGCGUCGACGUGGGUCUAAGGUGAAGCGUUCUGUGCGUAUGUGCGGAGAGUGUGAGCCAUGUAAGAAGACUGUAGAUUGUGCUCAGUGUGACUUCUGCAAGGACAUGAAGAAGUUCGGGGGCCCAAACAAAAUACGCCAGAAAUGUCGGUUCAGGCAGUGCGUGGUGCGAGCCAGGAAAAUGCUGCGUGUGAAAGAGGAGGAGUUCAAUCAACGAGAGCGGCGCAAGAACGCGCACAACCGGCGCAGGCGAUACUCAGAUGACUACGACAGCGAGGCAGAGCUCUACCAGAAGUACAAAUCCGCGGGGGGAGAGGACAACAACAUGUCGUGGAUGAGCGACGAGGAUGAGGAACUGCCCUACAGCCCCGUCAUGAGAAAGAAGGCCGUGAAGGUCAAGCACGUCAAGAGACGAGAGAAGAAGUUUGACAAGAAAGUCCACCAGAAAGAGUCACGGCGUCACAAGCAGAAGCAGAGGCACAAGGAGAAGACCAGGCACAGUGACAGGCCGGAGGCAAAGGACAACAGUGGCCUGCACCAGUGUCUGGGGCCCAGCUGCGUCAUGGCAUCACGACCAAACUCCAAGUACUGCUCAGAGGACUGUGGCAUGAAGCUGGCAGCCAACCGGAUCUACGAGAUCCUCCCUCAGCGCAUCCAGCAGUGGCAGCAGAGCCCCUGCAUCGCCGAGGAACAGGGCAAGAAGCAGCUGGAGCGCAUCCGCCGGGACCAGCAGAACGCCAGGCUACGUCUCACGGAGAUGGAGCGGCGCUUCCACGAGCUGGAGGGCAUCAUAGCCAAGGCCAAGCAGCAGAUGGUGCUGCAGGACGAGGAGACGAAUGAGGGCGAUGAAGACACCGACCUGCAGAUAUUCUGUGUAUCUUGCAGUCACCCAAUCAACCCAAAAGUUGCGCUGAGACAUAUGGAGCGAUGUUAUGCCAAGGUGAUUUAUAUUAUGAGAGCCAGACCUCGUUCGGCUCCAUGUACCCUACGAGAAUUGAAGGAGCUACCAGGCUAUUCUGUGACGUUUACAAUCCACAGAGCAAAACGUACUGCAAGAGACUUCAGGUGUUGUGUCCAGAACAUUCCAGAGACCCUAAGAUCUCCACAGAAGAGGUGUGCGGCUGCCCGUUGGUUCGUAACGUGUUUGACCCGACGGGAGAGUACUGCAGAAUCGGCAAGCGCAAGUGCAACAAACAUUACAACUGGGAGAAGCUGAGGAGAGCAGAGGUGGACCUGGAGCGGGUCAGGGUGUGGUACAAGUUGGACGAGCUCUUUGAGCAAGAGCGUAACGUCAGGACCGCCAUGACCAACCGUGCUGGCCUGCUCGCUCUCAUGUUGCACCAAACUAUUCAGCAUGACCCGUUGACAACAGAUCUCCGUAGCAACAAGGACAGGUAGCCUGCCUGGUCCACACUGCGCCUAACAGGGCAUUUCUGUACAUAAUGAGUCUUUCGAGAGCUGUGGUGUGUUAAUCGAACCUUUCCUACCUAUUAUUCCAAGAGAUUUUCCAAACUUGAUUAUUUUGACAAUUGUACUCUUUCUUAAAGCUAAAGUGCUAUAUUUUUCUUGAAUGUUGGAGAUGGAUUAUUGAUGAGUGGAUACCAUUAUGCCCUUCACUGCCUAAAAUAAAUGAAUAAAAAAUAAACUCAA